CGUCGACGGGUUUUUACGCGGGCGCGCCGGCCGAGCGGGACGUCGCGCUUGCGGCUCGUGGGGCGUCUCGGCGCCGCAACCGACGCGGAUCUCGUGCGGUGAGCGCGACGCGUUUCUUGGAGGACUUCGAACAGUAAAACAAGAAGAAAGAAAGAAGAAAAAGAAGAGAAGGUGCAGACUUGCGUUAGGGAGCGCGCACGAGAUGAAGUCAUAAAAAAAAAAAAAAGUGAAGCUUUGGGACAAGAAAGGCAACAAAAUUAAGAGUUGCUAACAAACUGUGGGGCACGAUGGAUUUACUACUGGCAGUCUAACUUGAAGGUUGAAGUAUGACGGCGGCAGCAGGCGUGCUGACGGGCCUGGCCAAGCUCAAGCGCCAGGAUUCGACCCGCUCUCAGCACCGGUCCGUGCCGGCGACAUGUCCGGGCUCGGCCGGUGCCGCCCAGGAGGGAGCUCCGAGAAAGCGAAAGCGGCGCACUGACGUGGUGGUGGUGCGCGGCCGGUUGCGCCUCUACUCGGCCUCGGGGUUCUUCCUCCUCAUGGGCUUACUCAUCCUGGCUGCAGGAAUCGCGAUGGCCACCCUAGGCUAUUGGCCCCAAUCCUCGGGACAAAGUCCGCCCGGCGGAGGCGGAGCCAAAGUGGCCGGGGCGGAGGAGAGCGCCCUGAAGAACGCCAGCAAAAGCAGAAUCGUCAAAGAUCGGCGCUCCGGGCCACCAGCGGGGGGCGCUCUGACGCGCUUCCUGGAGCGGCACCGGCACUCCGAGAGGAUGAAGAUGUUCGGGCCCUUCACCAUGGGCAUCGGGAUUUUCAUCUUCAUUUGCGCAAACGCUAUUCUUCAUGAGAACAGAGACCGAGAGACAAAGAUCAUCCACAUGCGAGACAUGUACUCCACGGUCAUCGACAUCCACCGCCUCCGCCAGAAGGAGCAGAAGCACCACAGCUACCCGAGAGCGGAUUUCCAAGGCUGCGGCGACUACGGCAACCCUCUGGUCGCGGUCUCCCCUCGGGCCGGCGGGGAGCGCGGCACGUCCGCCGAAGGGGAGGCGCUGCUGGGGGACGAGGAAGCUUACAGGCGGCCGGCGGGGACGGAGUGCAGCUUCGCGGGGCUGCUGGCGCCGCUGUACGGGGACCGGGCACCGCCCCAGGCGGCGGACGCCGAGACGGGAGGACACCGCGCACGCUGCAUCGUGUCGUCGUCCAUCUCCGCGUUCACGCUGCCCGUCAUCAAGCUCAACAACUGCGUUAUCGACGAGCCGGAGAUGGAGGCCAUCACAGAGGAGGAGAGAGGACACGGUAGAGACGACAAGACUUCGCAAAUAUCGGGCGCCGCGGCGUCCCUGGUGGUUCCGGUGCCGUCCGUUGCCAAAGCAUCCAAACCUCCGCAUUUGCAGCGGAGUAACUCCGCCGCCUCCUCGUCUUCGUCUGUGUCCUCUUCCUCCCUGGCGCCGUCUUCUACCUCAGGCUGCUGGCUUUCGCCCGGCGCCGGCCGACCCGACUUUGGCUCCAACUCCUCCCUGCACGUGAUCGGCAGCCACUCCAAAUCUCUGGACCUGGAGCGCCAGCCCAGCAUGCUCAGCGUGCACCGCCAACAGCGCAAGCACCCCAGCUGGCCCCGCCUGGACCGUAGUAACAGUAGCCGCAGCAUCAAGGGCUACACUCGGCUGGACGACCAGGGGGACAAGUGGCAGGGCGCUAGCGGCGGCGGCGGCGCAGCGGCGGCGUCGGCGCAGACGCACCUGCCGCCGGCCGCCGUCGUCAUGCGGGACUACAGCAAACGGGACAAGCUGCUCAUGAUUUCGCGCUCGCACAACAAUCUCAGCUUUGAACGCGACGACACGCUGAAGCGGGGCAGCUCCGAGACCCGCUUCUGACAAGUCUGGGGAGUGUACCGUGCACUCUGGCGCAAACGUUUUGCCGGCUCCCGGGUCAACAUCACCGACGCGGCUUCUGCCAAGAAACGUGUGCGCUCACACGAAGCCGACGUGGCUUCCCCCAUUAACACGAUCAGAAACGUGCUAACCCAACAGCAUACGUGCGACGGUGACGAGGCUCAAGUGUCUCCCGUUCCACUCUGGUCGCACCGACCGCGAUGCGCCGAUAACGGAACCGGCACCCGUAAAGGUGUCCCGCUAACGCCCGAGAAUCAGCAGCCGCACCGCGGUUCUGCCAAAGCCGUUUUUUUGCCCUCGGGCUAACGAUAAACAUUAGCACUGCUUCCUCGUCCAAAAAGUUAUUUUAGAUAAUGCUAGAAUAAUGCUUGAAUCAUACGUUUCCCUUCGGCUUGUCCCGUUAUCAUCUUAGAUGAACGCAUAUUUUGUUUGCCACAGUUUUACGCCGGAUGCCGUUCCUGACGCACCGGGGGAAAGAACCUUACAGCACCCGGUAUUCCAAGGCGGUCUCCCAUCCAAGUACUAACCAGUUCCAAACCCGCUUAGCUUCCGAGAUCUGACGUUCUCAGGGUAGCGCGGCCGUAAGCCGAUACUUGAAUCAAACAAUUUUGAUUUUUUGAAGUCGUCCACCGGACGGCGCUCAUUUUUCAAAGCUCGCUGCAGAAUUCUAUCUUGUUUUCCGUAAGGGUUCCCAUUACUAAAAAGAUUAGCGUGUCCUUUUUAUGUGGCAAGCAAUAAACGCCGUCGUGCCGACGUCCCCGCGCACGUAAUUAAUUAUCUUAAUGUGGGAAGCCGCAACCGCUGGGUGGACGCGCACUUCGGAAACGGUCAUUCUCCGAUUCUGUGAGUUCUGUCUGAAAGGCAGAGGUCAAGAAGUCGCCGAUCCAGUGUGGGCAAAAAGGUUUUGGCUUGAUAAAAGGCUUUGAAAGCAACAUUUGCUGAAGUAUUGCUUAGAACGAGGAAAAAAAAAAAAAAGUGGCCAGCUGUAAUCUCAGCAAGGUCACAGUGGAAGCGCUUUUUUUAAAUUUUUUUUUUUUAUUUUUCAUCCCUCGCGCCAACGUUUUUCUCACAUGGUAGGAACAAAAACUUGCACACAUAACUCGUUCCAAAGCCCAACAACCUGCGUGGAAAAAUUCCUCGAAUAUUUAUAAGAAAAUGUCCAAAUUGUAUUCCGAACAAAAGAUCAAAUGAACGCACAUUUCUCAGUUUUUGCAAUGAAAACAUAAUUCAGAUAACAAUUGCGACAGCCUUUGUUCUGAUUUUUUUUUUUUUUUUGGGCACUUUCAUGCAGGUUCAGUUUUACUGUCUGGAUCUCUUUUGGCCUGCUGGGCUGCGUUCAGAAUCAUUCAGUCCUCCAAAAUCCCUUUUUAUGGGUUUAAAGAAGUACAAUCCCCUCCCACCCCCAAUGCGGUUCUAAUCUGCGUCACUUAUCUCGGGAUUUUCGCUAUUCACGAUCUGCCGCAGUGCGCUGCCCCCUGCAGGUCCGCUACAUAUGACAACAACAUUUCAUCGUUUUAAACCGGUGGUUCCCAAAGUCAACCUGGGCCCGGACCCCCAGUGAGUCGUUCAAAAAGCUCCCGGACCCCCGCCCUCAACUUUCGCCAAUAAUCCUGGACACAAGUGAUGCCAUUCUGGUACAAAGAAAUACUCAAUUUUAGUGGCUCACGUACUCUUGCGUUUUAUUUUUGCACAAUAAAUCAAAAAGUGGUUAAACACUGGAAAGGGCAAUUCUCACAUCAUGAUUAGCUCCAAGACGAUUUCGUUUUUUCGUCUUCACAUCACGGACCCCCUGGAAAGACGUCCGCGGGCCCCACUUUAGGAACCACGGUUUGUGUACUUCACACCAGGCACGUCACAUCCGCCACGUUGCUUUUUUACAUAUAGCCGCAACGCAUCGUGCGAUUUUCCUUUUCCAGUCACCAUCGCUUGUUUGCUAGUUUUUCAAGAUGCAUUGUGGCGAUUCCAAACACACCCACCUGUCUAAAAAAAACACCCACGAGUGGAAGAAAGAAUACAAUCGUGUCGUACUUUCCAAUAAACUUGUUUCUUUUUGUUGUUCGCCACUGAAAGUCUCAAUGAGUCACCGUUAAUCAUCGCAACGGGCUCGGCGUGGUUUUAAACUUACAUAAAAGUGAAAAUCGCUUCGAAUACACACCGAAGCGCAAGGAUAUGACGUCCGCGAGCCGAGCGCUUGUCGUCGCCGUGGGAACGGGUAAUAACCGCGACUCGCUUUUGAAGGAGGAACAUGCAGUACUGAGCGGACAAUCGAAGUAGUUUUUGAGUGCGGAAUGCGGUCGACGGUUGGGAAAAACGGAGACCUCGCUGGGUGCUUCCCAAGCGCCUCAUUAAUGCAG